AAAAAAAAUAAUAGUAUUCCAGGAAAGAUAAGAACUUGCUAUCUUGAUCCAAGUGGUUUCCUAAAGUGUCCAGCUUCGAACACCUCAGAAUUGGUACGUUAACAAAAAUAAUAGAAGUUGGUCACCUCCAAUAACCGACCUCUAAACUAUUCCAACGCAAGGUUAGCCUUUCAAAGAUAACUCUAUGAAACUAUAUUAGUAGGAGGAGUUGGUUACCCACCUAAGCCACAUCUGUCUGUUUCUCGAUUCAAUCCCCCCCCUACAAAAGGCACAUAUCACUCGACCCAUUUCACCAGAUUAAGCAAAGCCUCAAGUAUCAGUACAGCUUUCAGUGAUCUCAAGCAUUUUGAAAUUAAGCCAACUCAAGAACCUACAAUGGCACAAAGAAUUGAAAAGAGUCUCUUCCUCGUUCUGGUGACCAUUUUCUUGGCAAGAGCAGCAGCACAGUCAAGUUGCACAAAUGUGAUAAUCAGCAUGUCCCCAUGCCUGAAUUACAUUACUGGGAACUCCUCAACCCCAUCUUCAGGAUGCUGCUCGCAGCUCGCUACCGUUGUCCGAUCAUCCCCACAGUGUUUGUGCCAGGUCAUUAAUGGCGGUGGAUCAUCACUGGGGGUCAAUGUUAAUCAAACUCAAGCUCGCGCUUUACCCGGUGCUUGCAAUGUUCAGACUCCGCCCCUCAGCCAGUGUAACGCUGCUUCUCCAGCUGACUCUCCUGCAGGAACACCCGAUGACUCAUCAAACACAGUUCCUUCAGGAAGCGGAUCUAACACUGUACCAUCAACUGACGAUGGCUCAUCAGAUGGAAACUCCAUCAAGUUGUCUAUGACUCAACUCGUUGUGCUCUUAGCUGCAGCAUUUGCUACUCUCUCAAUGCACUGAUUUUCUAUUCUGUUAGCCUACCUCUCAGGCUACACAUAUUCUUGAAUACUCUUGGAUCUUGAGUUUUGAUGAUUGUUGAUGUAUUCCUUUAUUAUUUCGAAUUCAGUUGUUAGAAUGCAUUUUUUAUUUAUUCUGACCUCAGAGAGGUUGAUUUAUGUACUGUGAAGAGACAUCAUGAUUCAUGAUCUCUUCCUUUUUUAUAAUAAAAGUUUCUGGUUCUGAGCGUAUAAAGUAAUUAAAGAGGGCAUAAGGUCAAAAAAGUUUGAGGUUUCUUUGAAACUCAGUUGGAAUUUUGGAAACAUUAGAUGUAUUUUAUAUUAUGCAUUUGCACACUAGUAGCAAUAUAAAGAG